UUUAAAGCGCAUUGGCAAAACAUACUCAAUACAAUUUUUCGGAUGCUUAUAUUUACAACAUUCAAAAGUCUGAAAAUUAUUUCUAAGGUUGAUUGAAAAUGUUCAAAAUUCGUUUGUAGGGAUAUGACAUGCAUAUUUACAAAUACGUCGAUGAAAAAUGAAUGGACCAUAGCCCAAGGGGUUUAAUCGAUGCAACCAAUAGUAGUACUACCUCAAGUAAUUUUUCGAGACAAGGCCGCCUAUCGCCUCGGAAGUGCCUGCGCGAUUUAUCAAUCACAGGUUGAUGACCGUGACAUAUUCAAAUUUUAACGUAUAUAUAUGUGUGGAAAUCCAGAUUGACUAUAUUUAUCAUGAAGGUGAUAGUAGCAGGUUUCCCCAAAACAGGUACGAAGACAUUAUCUGCAGCAUUAAGAAUAUUGAAUUAUAACGUUUAUGACUUUUUGGAAAACAUAACCAUUUUUAAUGAAGAAUGGUAUAAAAUAAUCAAGUAUGGUUGGACAACAGAGAUUUUUCAGAAAAUGUAUCAAAACGUCGAUGCAGUUACUGACUUUCCCGCAUACUUUUACUGGGAAGAAAUUCACAAAGCAUUUCCUAACUCAAAGAUAAUUAUCAUGAUAAGAGAUGAAGAAUCGUGGUGCAGGAGCAUGGAAAGGGAAUUACGAACGAACGAGUCUUCAUUCUGGAUAUUUUUCUUGCAUCUUUUCUCACCAACUGCAAGAAAAACAGUGAAAAAAAUAUUUGCUUUCAGAGGACCUCUAACUUUGGGACAUAACGAAGUCUUUACAUGGAAGCCGUUUAGACGGUCAAAUAUUAACAGAGAACUUUUAAAACUGAAUUAUAGAUCUCACAACGCAUAUGUGAUUCAGAAUGCACCAUCCGAAAAACUUCUCAUUCUCAAGUGUGCGGAAGGAUGGGAACCCUUGUGUGAGUUCUUGGGAGUUCCUAUUCCUGACAAGCCAUUCCCACACAUGAAUAAAUCGUCUGAAAUGCUGCAAGAAACACUUAAAUUCAAUCCCGUUGUUUUGAAAAUGAAACAAGAAGCGAUUCUGUCAUUUACUGUCGUAACAACGACCAUCAAUAUCAGAGAUAAACUCGAAAUAGGAUGAGAAUUUAACAAAGCGAUCCACAUGUACACUUGGUGUCCAUUGAUGACUGUCAGGCCUUUUGGUAUCGGUAGCAAGUUAUGGGACGAAAUAGUCGUAAAUGGAUGUUUUAUCUGCCACGAAUUGUGCCAAUGACCAAUACUCCGUUCAAUAAAAACAACAAAAAUUACGUUUGAUUUACAAAUGUCAGUAUUGUACCGGUUGUGCGGUGGUUUGAGUGGCAAAACGUCAUCUUCUGAAUACAAAGGAGAUCGCACGCGACGAACCAUUGAAAUUCGAUUAUUUGUACGACUUGAAGGGUAUUCAAUUUCAUCAAGGACAUGUAAAAGACAGGUCAGCUUGGGGUCGUUUGGGGAAGGAGUAGACACGGAAAGGGAGGAGUAUCUUGUGAUUUACGGUUGUAAAGUCGUUUUUGUGGGAUCAUUAUCUCUGGAAAAAAAUUAAAUGGGCGUAUUGAAUUUCAACAUAGAAAUCGUUGUAUGCUGAGGAACAGAUUUGCAAAUAUUGACCGACUGUUCCAUGUUUACUUAAAUUUUAUAGCCCUUGGCAUAGGUUGAGGCUGUUAUCCGCAAUAGCUUGAAUUUUAGAUUUGAAAAUUAGUUCGAUAAGGUAAAAUGAGUCGGAAACGCGAUCGACAUUACAUAUGGAAUGUCACGAAAGAGCAACUGACGCAGAGGAAAUAGAGUAGCUACUGUUGUUGACGUUGUCACCUGUGAACGUUUUUUUCGCUCAAAACAACAUUCCGUGACAUAGAUUUUUAAAACGAAACGAAGAUACGAAAUGAUGUUUAUAUAUAUAUGCACUCAGGAGUUUCAAAUGAGCAAUUUUCAGUUUCAGCGUUUCUAGUAGAUAAAGUCAUCAUUCAUGACAAUUUAAUUUGUUCUUGGA